UUGAUUGAUGUGCUUGGUAAAUGGGAUAUGUAUCCUUUUAUGACGCUCAUAUCGUUUCGUGUUCAUAUUUACGUCUAAAACAAUAUGAAAUAACUUGCAUUGGUUAACAAACAUAAACCAAGGGUAUUAUGGACGUUUCAGCAUACAACUCAUGUCACAAUCUCGUACUGCUAUCUUUUAAUCUUUUAAAAGAACGAAACGGCCGGUUCCGUGGGCGUUUCCUAAAAAUCUGAUUUUGGAGAAUGUGGAGCUGAAAAGAACCCCAAAAUCUGCUAUUGGAGAAUAUGGAGCCGAGAGUGGCCCUAGUUCGAACUUGGCCUCCAAAUCCCAGAAGUUAACGGUCGAACGCCUCGAAUUCUCUCUCACGCACACUGCCUGUGGGCCCGUGCACCCGCUCCCCUCCCCUGAUUGCUGCGAAGUGCUCAAAACGCCCGAACCCUCCCGAAACUGAUUUUGAAAUCUCAUUCACAGGCCAGGAAAAAAAAGAGGAAACCCUCCGAUCCCCACCCUCUCCAAUGGCCGCUCCGCCGCCGACGCUCACCCUGGCGGUGGAGAAGGGGCCACGGGAGGGGGAGACCCGGCAGUGCAGCGCGGGCGCCGCCCUCCGCGUCGGUCGCGUCGUCAAGGGCAACGAUCUCGCCGUGCGCGACGGGGGAGCGUCGCAGCAGCACCUCGUCAUCGAGUUCCUCCCGCCUCCCGGCGCCGGAUGGGCCGUCUCCGAUCUCGGGUCCUCCAACGGCACCCUCCUCAACGGCAAGCCCCUCGUGCCCUCCGUUCCCGCCCCGCUUUCCCACGGGGACCUAAUCAAGGUCGGCGAUUCGACCGUGCUCGCCGUCUCCAUCGCGCCUGAUUCGGAUCCCAAGCCUGCCGCCAACCCCAGUUCCAGGCGCUCCUCGCGCCAGACGGCGGCGGUGGCACCGAUGGUGGCGGAGGAGAAGCCCCCUGCGGUGACCCGCCGUGGCGCACGGAAGAAAGCGCCGCCGGCCGCCCAGCACCCCGACACGCAGAAGGAAGAUCCACAGGCAGAGGGAGUGGCGGUGGAUGAGAAGCCCCAGGUGGUUACGCGCCGGGGAGGACGGCAGAAGCUGGCUGCAGCAGAGCCCCUAUUUGAGAUUGAGGAGACUGUGGAGGCGCCUCGCCGUGGAGAGCAGAUGAAGCCCGUGGAGCCUUCUGCACCAGAGAAUGAGGAGGUGGAUAAGGAGGAGGCCACGGCGGUGACGCGCCGUGGCAGACGGAAGAAUGCUGCGCAGGCCCCUGAACCAGAGAAGCCCACAGCGGUGACACGCCGUGGCAGGCAGAAGAAUGUUGUGGAGCCCUCAGAGAAGGAAAAGGAGGAGGCCACAGCGGUGACACGCCGUGGCAGGCAGAAGAAUGUUGUGGAGCCCUCAGAGAAGGAAAAGGAGGAGGCCACAGCGGUGACACGCCGUGGCAGGCAGAAGAAUGUUGUGGAGCCCUCUGAACCAGAGAAGGAAGAGGAGGAGGCCACGGCGGUGACACGCAGUGGCAGGCAGAAGAAUGUUGCGGAGCCCUCUGAACCAGAGAAGGAAGAGGAGGCCACAGUGGUGACACGCCGUGGCAGGCAGAAGAAUGUUGUGCAGCUCCCUGAACCAGAGAAGGAAAAGGAGGAAGAGGCCACAGUGGUGACGCGCCGUGGCAGGCUGAAGAAUGUUGUGGAGCCCCCUAAACCGGAGAAGGAAGAGGAGGAGGAAGCCCCGGUGGUGACAAACCGCAGAGGGAGGAAGAAGAGUGUGGUGACGGACGCCCCUCCGCAAUUGCCUCCAAAGAUGAGGUCAGUAAGGGGCCGUGGCAAAAAGGCUAAUGCAAGCGACAUGGUUCUUGAGGAUGUGGAAGAGCAGGGAGGAAAUGAGUUGGCUGUAUCAAGAGUUCGUCCUGAGGACCUGCUCGUUUCGACGACAUUGAAGGGUGCUAAGGCGCAGAAGAGGGAUAAGGUGGCAUCUGGGGAUGGAGACGUAGAAGGGGCUGCAGUUUCAUUGGAGGAGAAAGUGCCGAAGGGGAGGGCCAGUGCUCGGCUUUCCGCUUUCGAUAAUGGUGCCAAUGCGGCUGCAGCGCCCAUUGAAGAGAUGGAGGAGGCUGUGGAUGCAACGCUCCGAGGGAGGCGGAAGAAGGCCGUUGAACCUCAUGAACCAGAGAAGGACGAGGAGGAGGAGACCAUGGUGGUGACACGUCGCGGGAGGCGGAAGAAGAACAUGGAACCUCAUGAACCAGAGAAGAAAGAGAAGGAGGACAAAGCCCCAGUGGUGAUCCACCAUGGCGCAACGAAGAAGAAUGAGGCGGCAGUUGCUCCUGUAUCACUGCCUCCAAAGAGGAAGUCUGCAAGGGGCCGGGGAAGGCCUACAAGGGCCAGUGCAAUGAACACAGUUCUUGAGGAGGAGGAGGAGCAGGGGGGAAAUAAGUUGAGUGCGUCAAGAGCACGCACAGGGAAGCCAUUGACUUCGACGACGGUGAAGAAGGGGGAUAAGGCAGCAGCUGUGGAUGGAGAGGUCAAAAGAACUGCAAAGGCGUUGGAGGAGAAAUUACCAAAGAGGAGGGCCGUUAAGCUUGCUGCUAACAAUAUCUCUUAUGCGGCUGCAGCCGAGCCCACUGAAGAGAUGGAGGAGGCUACAGAAGCGUCUCACCAGGGGGGGCAGAAAGCCAUGGAGCACCCUGAACUAGAGAAUGAUGAGGAUGCAACCAUGGUGACGUGCCGUGGGGAGCGGAAGAGGGCUGCUGUGGUGAAGCGCCGUGUCGCCGGGAAAAAGGAUGUGGUGGCAGUGAUGAGGUCUGGAAGGGGGCGAGGAAGGGUUGGAAGGACUAGUGCAAGGAAUAACCUUCCUGAGGAAGGCAACAUGGUGGUAGAAAAGGAAAAUGAAUUGCCUGUGCCAAGAGAGCUGGCAGGGAAUCUGCCAGUUGCGACCGUGGUGAAUGGGGGUGAGGAUAGAGAAGUCAAAGGAACCAAAAAAGCAGUAGAGUCUGAAUUGCCAAAGGGGAGGGCCAGUGCCCAGUCUUCUUCCGACAACAAGUGUGAGGAGGAACAGGGUAGUGCGAACGGUUCUUCUAGAGUUGCCAGUGCCCAGUCUUCUUCCGGCAACAAGGGUGGUGCGAAUGGUUCUUCUAGAGUUGAUUCAGGAUCUAAUGGAAUCCCCAACACAACAAGCAAAUACAGAGAGGAUAGAAAACUGAAGCCGUACUCGACUCCCUUUGAUGUCAGACUGGAUAGAGCUCUGAAGAAAUACUCUGCAUGAGUUACUGCUUGCUAAGUUUAAGAGUUAAAAAUGUGUUAUGAUUGUGUGGAUAGGUUCUGUUUCUAUUCUGUAGGAAGAAUGACUCGUAGAUUUUGGAGUCUGAAUCCAACUGAAUUUUGUGUGCAUUGAAAUGGAGAUGCAUGUUUUGUUCCUAUGCUUGAUACAGAAGUUCAAGAGAAAAAAAUGCUUGUUUGUGUUU